AAAGUCCAGUUCCCGAGAACACCACUUGACAUGGACACCGGUGUGACUGAAGAUGGAUUAAAUGUCACUCUCACCAUCCGGCUACUUAUGCAUGGAAAGGAAGUUGGCAGUAUCAUGGGAAAGAAAGGAGAAUCAGUUAAGAAGAUGUGCGGGGAGAGUGGUGCCCGUAUCAGCAUCUCAGAAGGGGAUUGUCCUGAGAGAAUUAUCACUUUGGCUGGACCCACUAACGCCGUCUUUAAAGCCUUUGCUAUGAUCAUUGACAAACUGGAAGAGGACAUCAGCAGCUCCAUGACCAACAGCACAGCUGCCCGUAGACUCCCAGUCACCCUGAGGCUGGUGACCCCUGCUCGUCAGUGUGGCUCUCUCAUUGGGAAAGGUGGUUGCAAGAUCAAGGAAAUACGAGAGAGUACAGGGGCUCAGGUCCAGGUAGCAGGGGAUAUGCUCCCCAGCUCAGCUGAGAGGGCCAUCACUAUUGCUGGUAUUCCGCAGUCCAUCAUUGAGUGUGUCAAACAGAUCUGCACUGUCAUAUUGGAGCUCUCCCAGUCCCCCCCGAAGAGCGCGACCAUCCCGUACCGGCUCAAGCCGUCCAGUUCUCCGGUCAUCUUUGCAGGUGGUCAGGUCAGGUACAGCACAGGCAGCGACAGUGCGAGCUUUCCCCACACCACCCGGUCCGUGUGCCUCAACCCUGACCUGGAGGGACCAGUUCUAGAGGCCUGUACCAUUCAAGGACAGUAUGCCAUCCCACAGCCAGAUCUGACCAAGCUGCACCAGUUGGCGAUGCAGCAGUCUCAUUUUCCCAUGACGCACGGCAACACCGGAUUCAGUGCAGGUUUGGAUGCAUCUGCUCAGACUACUUCUCAUGAACUCACCAUUCCAAACGAUUUGAUUGGCUGCAUAAUCGGGCGUCAAGGCGCCAGAUUCAAUGAGAUCCGUCAGACGUCUCGGGCGCAGAUCAAAGUUGCGCACCCAGUGGAAGGAUCUACUGAUAGGCAGGUUACCAUCACUGGAUCUGCUGCCAGCAUUAGCCUGGCUCAAUAUCUAAUCAAUGUCAGGCUUUCCGCGGAGACGGGUGGCAUGGGGAGCAGCUAGAACAAUGCAGAUUCAUCCAUAAUCCCUUCCUGCUGUUCACCACCACCCAUGAUCCAUCUGUGUAGUUUCUGCACAGCCAGCGAUUCCAGGUUGUAAAUAGUUUGUAAAUUUUCAGUUUCUACACACUUUAUCAUCCACUCGUGAUUUUUUAAUUAAAGCAUUUUAAUUCC